AUGUUAUUCCAUCUUAUUCUAAUUCAUUGUAUUAUUUAUAUGGUCAAUGCUCAAGGUUGUACAAUGGACGAUGGGAGAGUUUUAUCCCCCGGUGAAGAAGUUCGAUUAGCAAAUUUUCCAUGUGCAAUAUGCCGUUGUGAUCCAAAUACACGUGAAGUUGUUUGUGAAACAGAAACUUGUCCAACUUUACAAUGUGGAGAAGAUGAAGGACAACUUCUAGAACCUGGUCAAUGUUGCCCAGAAUGUGUUGCGAAGAGUCGUGUGGAACCAGUACUACCCCAAGCUACACCUCGUACAUACACUGACGAACCAAGGUCAACAAGAACACCUAGACCAACUGCCGAACCAGCACAAACUCUACCACCUCCACCACCACCAUUACCUGAUGGGUCUCCAGGACUUAGAGGACCUGUUGGACCGCCUGGACCUCCUGGACCACCGGGAGAUCCUGGUUUCGAUGGUGAAAAUGGAUUACCUGGUAUGCCUGGUCUCCCAGGUCCACCUCCUCAAGAUGUUGAUGAGUACAUGCAACGUUCAAGAGCAAUGGUAAAAGGUCCAGUUGGUGAAAAUGUAACCAUGUAUCAAGAUAUCCGGGUAACAAUGGGACCACCUGGUGAGCCAGGUGCACCCGGAUUCCCAGGAGUCAUAGGCACACCUGGACCGAUCGGACAACCUGGGCUGAUGGGAGAUCCCGGUCCAUCGGGAAAUCCUGGAUCGAGAGGACAUGCUGGGCCUGUUGGAAAUGAUGGAAAAGCUGGACCGAUAGGAAGACCUGGGUUAAAAGGUGCUCGAGGACCACGUGGCAUUCCUGGAGUCAUGGGAGAAGCUGGGCUUCCUGGAGCAAUGGGUCUACGAGGUGAACGAGGAGAACGUGGAGAAGAAGGUAUCAAAGGAAUGGCUGGUGAUUAUGGGCCAAAAGGACUACCAGGACCUGUAGGACCAAAAGGUUCGAUCGGUCUUCAGGGUCAACGAGGUGAACCGGGCCCUAGAGGAUUCAUGGGACUGCCAGGACCUAUAGGAGUUGAUGGGACAGAUGGUGUUCCGGGAGCACCAGGUGAUCCUGGAGCACCUGGCCCCCAAGGAAGUCCUGGAUUGCAAGGCCCAGAGGGACCUAAAGGUCAACCUGGUCUUCCUGGCCCUAAAGGAGAGGUCGGUUUCCCUGGAUUACGUGGAGAUAGAGGAGCGCCAGGACCACCUGGAAAUCCUGGAAAACAGGGUGCACAUGGACCUCCAGGAGCAAUCGGUAAUAAAGGAGAGCCGGGAGAUCGAGGACACCCCGGAAAACCUGGAAUGAUGGGAAUCAGAGGAUUUUCUGGUGGAGAAGGAGAAAUAGGUCUUGUGGGUGCGAAAGGACCAGAAGGCUCGGUGGGGUUGCAAGGUGCGCAAGGUUUGCCAGGACCAGAAGGUAUCAAAGGUCGUCGCGGUGAGCGUGGCCCACCGGGACCAGUAGGUGAACAAGGUAGUAGAGGUAUACGUGGCUCCGCUGGGCUAUCAGGAGCCCCUGGACACGAAGGCAGUCGUGGUCUUCCAGGACUUCGUGGUCCUCCGGGUCCUGAGGGCCCACCGGGUGCUAUUGGUCCAGGUGGAGCACCUGGUAUAACUGGUCCCGUCGGUGAGAAGGGAGCUCAAGGAGACAUUGGCCCAAGUGGUCUCAAAGGUCCUACCGGUCCUAGAGGUUCAGUUGGAAAUCGUGGACAACCAGGACCAACUGGUGAACCUGGUCCUAAGGGUCCACUUGGAUCUAUUGGUCGACCUGGCAUGCCUGGUGCAGCAGGAAUUCCUGGUCCGCACGGCCCUCAAGGAGGACAAGGGUUACGUGGUCUACCUGGUUCAGUCGGGAAGACCGGUGACCCUGGAGCAGUUGGAUCAAGAGGUCCUAGGGGUGACAGAGGUCCACGAGGGGAACCCGGGCCUCCGGGUCCAUUUGGACCGUCAGGUGAGAAAGGACAACGUGGACAAUCUGGCAAACGUGGUCCCAUGGGAGCAGAAGGUAGAGUUGGCCCCGAAGGUCCACCAGGGACACCUGGGAAACCAGGUGAUCCUGGGCCUGCUGGAGAACCUGGGCAUAUUGGUCCACCAGGACCUCCAGGAGAACGUGGAGCCCCAGGACAAAUGGGCCCACCGGGCCCGCCUGGAAGGGCUGGAGACAAAGGAGCUUCGGGUCCAGUUGGACGUGACGGGCUCAAGGGCGACAGGGGUGAAAAAGGUGACAUGGGAGACAGUGGGACGGUUGGUGUUCCCGGCCUUGUUGGUAAUACUGGAAUUCGUGGUGAGAGAGGUGAAAAGGGCGACAGAGGACCCACUGGGCCACGAGGAGAACCAGGCCCAGUAGGAGCUCCAGGACAGAGAGGGACCGACGGCCCUAUGGGACACCCUGGACCGCAAGGAAGAACUGGAAACAAAGGGAUAUUAGGAAUUCGUGGUUAUCAGGGCGACAAAGGAACACCUGGGGAUCAGGGACCACAAGGUAUUCCGGGUGAUCCAGGUAUACCAGGGCCACCCGGCCCACCUGGGUCUGUCGGAAUGAAAGGAGUUAAAGGGGAAAUGGGUCCACGUGGACCUCGUGGUGAAGCUGGUAACAUGGGAAUAAAAGGGGUUCAAGGACCACCUGGGCCUAAAGGUCACCCUGGAUUACCAGGUCAGCAGGGUGAUAGAGGCCAACCAGGUGUACAAGGAGAUCAGGGGUCGGAAGGUUUAAUUGGAGAACCUGGACCCCAAGGACCACCAGGAGAAAAUGGUCGACCAGGCCCUCCAGGACCUGCUGGACAAACUGGGCCUAAAGGUGAAGCUGGGGACCCAGGACUCGAAGGACCCGCGGGUUCAGACGGAAUGACUGGACUUCCGGGUCCUGCAGGUGAUAAAGGGGAACGAGGAGACCCUGGAUUACCGGGCACAGUAGGUCCAAUUGGACCAGAUGGUGAUCAAGGACCAAGUGGUGCACCGGGAAAAAUUGGACCAACGGGACCACCUGGUAAUGUGGGGAAACCUGGCGAAAUGGGUCCUCCAGGAAAUGCUGGUUUACCUGGAAGAACAGGUUUACCUGGUCCUCCUGGAAAAGACGGUCAGAUGGGAAAACAAGGUCCUCGUGGUGAAGAGGGACCUCGAGGACCAGAUGGGAAUGCAGGAAUGCAGGGCCCACCCGGGGCUUCAGGUGUUAAGGGUCCUCCAGGAAGCAGAGGACCAACUGGUCCAACUGGAAUCAGAGGACCUCCUGGACUAAUUGGACAGCCUGGGCCACCAGGUAAACAAGGAAGUCAAGGAAGACCUGGAAAACCAGGUCCAGAUGGAUUUGAAGGGAAACGAGGUCCUCCGGGUGAAAUAGGAGCACCUGGAGUUCCUGGAAGCAAAGGACCAGUAGGAGACGAAGGGGAACCUGGCUCAAGAGGUGCAUCCGGAAACAUGGGCCUUACUGGACCACCUGGUGAUGGUGGGCCUCCUGGAUUGCCAGGAAGUCCAGGUUCACGAGGACCACAAGGACCAAUGGGUGAAGUUGGCCUAAAAGGUGAAACGGGUCUUCCAGGAGUUCCAGGACCAAUUGGGCAACCAGGACCAAUGGGACCACCAGGUAUUCAAGGUCCACCGGGUGAACCAGGACCUCCAGGAAACGAUGGUCCACCGGGAGCCAUUGGUUUGCCUGGACCACCGGGAGAGUUUAAAACUGACUAUACAUCAUUGUUUAGUCGUAGAAGAGAUUCAGAUGUUGGAAUGAUGCAAGCUGAUGAACCCCGUAAUAGAGGAAGGAGAAUACGCCGUUCAUACGAAUGGAGUGAUGAAGAUUAUGACCCAAGCAAAGAAACUGAUCCUAAUGAUGAGGAGGAAGAUAUUUUUGAAGCAUUACGUCAAGUUGGAAGACUUGUGAAUAGUUUGAAUAGUGGAAGUGGAACACAAUUCAAUCCUGCACGAACAUGUCAUGAUUUAAAAAGAGAUCAUCCAGAGAAAAAAGACGGUAUUUAUUAUGUUGAUCCAAAUGGUGGUCAUUGGAGAGAUGGAAUUAGUGUUUAUUGUCGUUUAAGCGGUUUAGAAACUUGUGUUAGUCCUAUUACAGAACAAAUGUCAUCAAUUUAUUUAUCACAAACUAAACAAAAACGUUUAUGGUAUUCGGAAUUUUUAAUGAAAACAGAAAAUGCUCAAAUCGAGUAUAAUAUACCAAAGGAUCAAUUAGUUUUUCUUCAAAUGUCAAGUGAAGUGGCCAUACAACGAUUAAAAGUGAAUUGUCGAAAUAUACAAAAUAUAUUAGAAAUUAUAUCUUUGUUAAGUGAUAAUAAUGUGUUGAUUGAAUUCAAUGAAACUAUACAAUCAUUUUCUAUUGAAAUAGAAGAAAAUACAUGUGGGCAAAAACAAAGUGGAAGUCUUCUUCUUACUGUACGUACAAAACAACCAUCUUUAUUACCAAUCCGAGAUAUUCGAAUAACAACUAAUGGAUUAUAUGAUUCUGAAUUAUCUUUAGAAGUUGGUACAAUUUGUUAUGGUGGUAUGGAUCCUGAACAAUUCAAUAUAACAGAUAUUGAUAAUAAUAAUAGUAAUAAUAGUAAUAAAGAAGAUUCAAAUUACAAUAUUUAUGAUAAUAUUGAGCAUAAAUCAAAUUUUCAAGUGAAAAAGUCCAAUUUCAAUGAAAUGACUAAUAAUAAUAAUAAUAAUAUUAGACUUGUAUCUGAAUCAUUUUAA